UCCACAGCCCUGGAACAAGUCGUCGUCUCAUGCGCGAGCGCCACCGGGCCGGAGCCGGACGGGUCCAGCUUCUCAUACACUGAGGAAGCCCCCGCAACCUUCCCUCUUCCUUCUUGCUGUUUUUUCUUCCUUCGCAUUCGUCGGUUCUUGCAGCCCCAUCUUGUGGAAUACUUGCUUCCGAUUCUGCACAAGAGAGGCCGGCCAUGGAGGAGUCCAGCUCGCAGCACAAGGCCCAGCUGUGGGACGGCGAUGCCAAGGCGGUGCAGCAGUGUCUGACCGACAUCUUCACCAGCGUGUACACCACCUGCGAUGUGCCCGAGAGCGCCAUCUUCGGGCCGUGCGUGCUCAGCCACACGUCCAUGUACGACAGCAUCGCCUUCAUCGCCCUCAAGGCCACCGACAAGCGCACCGCACCCUACAUUUUUCGGGUGGACACGUCCGCGGCCAACAGCACGUCGGAGGGCCUGAUGUGGCUUCGUCUGGUGCAAUCGGCCCGUGACAAGGACGAGCAGAACCUGGAGGCGUACGUGAAGAACGGCCAACUCUUCUACCGCUCGCUUCGGCGCAUCGAGAAGGACGAGGAGCUGCUGGUGUGGUACGGCAAGGACCUGGUGGAACUGCUGCUGCUCACUGCCUCCAGGGUGCCAGCUAAGAGCAAAGGUUCGUCCCACCACUCAUGCCCGGACUGCAAUCAGAGGUUCCAGUUUGAGUUCCCGUUCUUGGCGCACCUCCGUUUCCGCUGCACCAAAAGACUGCAGAGCCUGACGGGGGUGGACGAGGAGCCCAGCAGAGAGCGCAGUCCAGACCGGCCCAACGCAACGCCCACCAGGAGCAGUCCCAAGCAUGGCCGCUCCGAGGGCGAUGGCAGCAAACCCUCCACAGACUUUCACAACCUUGCUCGGGACAUGGAAAACAACCGGACCGGCAGCCCGCUGCGUGACAGGGAGGCAGAGGUGUGCAGCGAGAGCUCAGGAAAGAGGAAGUUCUCCUCAGUGGAAGACCGGGAGUGCCGACGACCCGGCCUGCCGCAGUCCAAGUCCAAGGAGGAGCUGGCGACGUCAGCCCAGAACUACCGAGGAGUGUACGGUUUGGAGGAAAACCACCGCUCACUUUCCUCUUCCAGUUCCUCAGAGACCAAGUGCAGCGCCUUCACCGAAGUCAAGAAGUCAGUUCAAACUCUCAAGAACCAUGGCAGCAGCAAAAGCCCAUCGGCUGCCAAUUCAGAGAAUAAAGACCGUCCAACCAACAGCCCCUCGGAGAAGCACCUGAACAUCCGACAGGUUCUGUCAGAGACGCAGCCACCCCAAACCCCACCCAUGGCCAGCGCCUUCACUUCAGUGAGCCAGGCCAGCGGCGGCGGUGAGCGGAAGAGCGCCUUCAGCCAACCGGCCCGAUCUGCCUACUCCCAAAUCUCCCCGUUGGUGAUGCCGCCCAAGCUGCUGGACUGCCACCCUGCGGUGGGUGACACCAUCUCAUCCAGCCGCCUCUACCAGGCUGACCACCUGGCCGCCAAGCUGCAGGGAGCCGAGCUAGGCGCAAACUGCACUGUGCCGGGCGGCGUUGCCAAGCAGAGCCCCUUUGUGUACGCUGCCGCCGCCGCAGCCGCCACCUUCUGGCCCAAGAAUUCAGGCGGCGUCCAGUUGCAGAUGCCCUCUGCACUCACACUCCUGCCGCCCUCCUUCACGUCCUUGUGCCUCCCGGCGCAGAACUGGUGCGCAAAGUGCAACGCCUCAUUCCGCAUGACUUCGGACCUGGUGUACCACAUGCGCUCGCAUCACAAGAAGGAGUACGCCAUGGAGCCCCUGGUCAAGCGGCGGCGCGAGGAGAAGCUCAAAUGUCCCAUAUGUAACGAGUCCUUUCGAGAGCGCCACCAUCUGUCACGUCAUAUGACCUCACACAAUUGACUUUUGGGCCCUGGACCUGACGCUGGGGGAGCUGUCGGGAAUUACAGGGAUUAGGAGGCCCUGCAUCAUAAAUGCCGCAAAAUAACUCAAAUCUUUAAGGGCCACUGUCAGUCAUGUACUCUUUGAGUAGGGGUUCUCAAACUAUUUGGGUUCUUGUGAGAUUUUUUAAAUGUAUUUAUUUAUGUAUUUAUUUAUUUGCAAGAGCAGCAUUUGAUUUGAUUUGGAAAAAUACACUUAAAGUGUGUGUGUAUGUACAUCCAGCAAAUAAUCUUUGUAAAUUCUCUCACUAACAACCCAGGCUAAACCUAGUUCCUUCCAGACAAACAAAACUUAUCAACCGAUUGAGAUGUAUUACUUCAACAUACUUAUUUGGAGCAAUUACCGCACUGCUUUUUCUAAAUAGACAGACCUUCAGUUCCAUAUUGUGGCAUCACAGUUGGUUUCAUAAAAAGCAAAAAUCAAUAAAAAAAAAUAGUGACUAGGUGAAUGCGGAAAUAGCACACUAGGCGGGUGCGUUUUCUACCACGGCAUGGUGUUUUUUGUAUAUUUCAACCUAGAUAUUCAUGAACGGAACAAUUACAUGUGAUAUUUAUCGAUCGUUGCUCAUUGACAUGCACUGCUUGCACUAACAACAUGGCUCCAAACACAAAGGCACAGCCAAAGUUUCCAAUUUAGCCUUUGGUCAUAUAUUUAGCCAUUUAGCUUGCCGACAAAAAAAAAAAAAAAAAAAGACUAUGCUGUACAAACCAGGAUUAAAUAAUGAUAAUAAUAAUAAUAAUAAUAUAAAGUGGAUUACAGUUUUUACUUCAAGCAAAAAUAUCACAUGAAGACUUGACCUUCCAAAAUUUGUUAAAAUAAAUAAACAUAGCUCGCUCACUGAUGUCUUAAAGCUUAGGUGUUUAUAUGUCUUUGACCUAUAGGAUUAUGUUAUAUGUCAUCAGAGGGGUUUUUGUUCUUGUUGUGAGUGGACCUUGCUUUGAGGGCUGACUUUUAAUUUUUAUUUUUAAUUUUUGCUCUUCAUGACUACUUCACCUGUAAAUGACCAAAAUGCCCCUAAAAUAGCCACUUGAACUGAACAUGGCAGUCUUCCUGUGUCAUUUCAGUCUUGGAUUUUUGAGACGUUUUGGUGGCUCGACUUGUUAAAUGAAACUGGCAGUGGGGGUUAAGUUUUCAAAUACGUUUUAUGACAAGUUUGAAUUUGAUAACAUUUUAUAUUGGGGAGGAGUCAAGUUUCGCUUGGGUCGUUAGCAGAAGACGUUUACGAGACUCCAAAAAUUUGAGAACCAAUGCCUUAGACUCAUCAUCACUGACUUCACCCCCCACCCCCUUUGCGGCGUCACUGGCCGCCCCCCCUCCUCUCCUCUUUGCACUCCUUUUCUGGAAGGUUCCUUUUUGUGUACAAAAAACAAACAAAUGUCACGUUCGAAAUGAAUAUAUUUAUGAAGCACUUACACGUCUAAGAAGGCAAAAUGGAAAUCUGUGUAAAUGUACAGUGAGUUGUAUUUUAUAUCCUACAUGAAUAUAGACAUAAUGUGUGUGUGUGUG